UCUUAAAUCGUUGCGUUCGUUAGAUUUAUCGCUGUCAACAAUUUUAUUCUUUUAUCAUUUAUAGUUGAAUAAUAAUGGAUGAUCAUGUAUGCGGUGAAGAUUUUUUAUGUGAUCGCGACAAACUAAUUACUGUGUUGAAAAACUUGCAAGCAAAAUGUGAAAAGUAUGAGCAGGAAAAUUAUUCUUUGAGAAAAAGUGAAAUUGCCUUAAAAGCAGUUCAGGAUGAUCUUUACAGCGAAGUGGAUUUGAUAACGAAUUCGUACGAGAACAAAAUUCAAGCCUUAACUCUUAAAUAUGACACUCUUAUACAGCAACAAAAUGAAAAAUUGUCUGGCGUUGUGAAUGAUUAUGAAUCCCACAAUAAUUCUGUUUGCGAAGAGAAUAAGGAGCUGCGUGAUAAACUAGCUGAAACUUUCAAUAAAUUAGAAUCUAUAAAAUCUAUGACCCGAAAUACCGUAAGUGAAUUGGAGUUAAAACAUCAAACACAAUUGGAGGAAAUUAAAGUUUUAAAUGAGCAGAAAUUGCUACAACUGACAGAAGUACUUGAUAAUACUAUGUUAGAAAAUAGGCAGCUGAAGGAAAGGUGCGAUAUUCUUAAUGAAGAAUCUUCUUGUGCCAAAGAAAACUUGAAUUAUAAAAAGCACGAGAUUGAUCAAUUAAAAGAACAUAUUCUUGAACUGCAAGAACAGUUAUCUAUAGUACAAGUGAAUCAAAAUAGCAAACCAAUUGAAAAGCAUGAGGAAAGAGGUAAUUCACUAUUUGCUGAAGUAAAUGACAGACGAUUGAAACUCGAACAUAUUGUUCGUCAACAAAAAGCUUCAUGCAUAGAGAUGAGACGGCAGUUUUCAAAAGCUAUCAGAGAAAAUAUUUCAGUAAGAACUGAGGUCAUAAGUUUUAACACAAAGUUAAAUGAUCUGUUAAUGACUAUUGGCCUGGAGGAUGAUCGAUUUCACAGGGCUUAUGAAGAUUUUUGUUUUACUACCAAGAUUCGAAUUCAAGAAUUGCAAGAUAAAGUAGCUUGUUUACAGAAAGAAAAUGUGCAGAAUUCUAAUGUGAAUGUUUUAUAUGAUGUGUUAGAUAAAACCAGGAAUGAAUUAGCCAGAGCGGAAUCAAGAAUAGAUAAAUUAUGUUUUGAGAAACUUCGUCUUGAAGAGAAAAUUUAUAAGAUGUCCAAAGAUAUUCAUAGAUGGAAAUUAGAAUCUAUGAAAUAUGCUGCUGAAAUAUCCAAAUUAAAAUUGCAUAUAUCUGACUUAAAACUUGAUCCGUCAGUAUUAUCUAAGCUUGAAGAUAACAUUUUUAAUAACAUGGAACUGAAUAAAGAUAUGGUAGAAGAUAACCAAAAUUCACAUUCAAAAUCUAAGUGCAAUGAUGCUGAGGAAAAUAAAAAUGUUUUUGAAUCAAACAAGUAUGCUACUGACUUAUCAAGUUUACUGGAUGAUUCAGAAAAGGGUAAGAAGGCCGACUCAUUCGCAGAACAUUUAAAAGAUUUCUAUUGUGACAAAAAUUCAUUUUCCAAUGAAACAGAAAGUGCUUUGAACUUAGAUAUAGAAAAAUGUGCAAUAACUGAAAAUAAGGUAUGUUCUGCUGAUACAUCAUUAUCAGAUGGUGUAAAUGCUUCCAGUUCACAAGCUCCAAGUACAUCAAGUAACCAUUUUGAGAUUUAUGAAGAUACAAUAAGUUUAGGUGUUGAAAGUAAACAUAGUCGAUUUCCUAAUCUUUCUGAAGGUCAUAAUAAUCUAGAUUCUAAAACUUGUUUAUCAGAUACUAUUUCAAAAAAAAACAUUUUGAAACCUGAUGACACUGUUGCAAUAUAUCAAGGAGCAAAAUGUUAUUUUGAAGAAGGUAUUGCCAGUUCUAGCAAUUUUAACAUGUAUGAAAAUUCAGUUUUUGAAGAACCUAAAAAUACUUUGAUCUCAUCUACGAGCAUUAAUUCUUCGAAUGUCAAUGGAGCAAACCCUUCAAAUGCUUUUGAGAUUUAUGAAGAUACUAUAUGUAUAAGCACAGAUGAUAAAGCAAGUAAACCAAUUAACGACAAUAAAGCAAUUAUGACUAUUAAGCCUUCAUUAAGUUUUGAAAUACAUGAGGACACUAUUUGCUUACAAUCUAAUAGCAUCUUAACUUCUACUAUCGUUAAUCCUAAGAAAUGUGUUUCUGAUAAGACUGAUGCUGUUAUACUACCAAAUAUGGAAUUUUCUAGUACUAGAUAUAAUACAUCCAAAACACCAGAAACAUCAGUACAUGAAAGAAGGAACAAGGAAAAUAUUAUUCUAGAUACUAUAGAUGACAACAGUGAAACAGAAAUUAUAACUAAACAAAGACCAUCAAUAUUAAAAAAAAUUGGAGGUUUACUACCUUUGGAAAAUUUGGAAGAUAAUUUUAUUAAAAAGGAAGUAAAAUUUUGUAACAGUGUGAAGUCUCCUGUAAAAUCAGAUAAUUUUAAGAAAUCAAACAUCAUUAGGACUGAAGAAGUUAAUAACAAGGUUAGAUUUAUUAAAGGCGAUCCUAGUAAAGCAUUAGUUGUAAAGAAAUGGAAGCCUAAAUGA